ACGCACUUCACAAGAUCCUCAAAAAAGAAAGUUGAAGAAACGCUUUUUUACUUUCUUUCAAUCUUUCUCUCUCUUCGCCAUGGCCCCAAUCCUCCGCCGUUUACCGAUCGCCGCCGUGAUCUUUUUGGCGGUGGCCCUCUCCGCCACCACAACCGCCACGGCACGACCCUGCAGAUCCUUCCUCAUCUCUUCCUACUCCAUCCGCAACCCUUCCACCAACAACUUCGCCACCGUCACCGUUACCGAGAUCCAAUCCCUCACUAUCAACACCAACAAUCACUUCUUCAAAAUCCCCUUCAACCAAAAUGGCGUCGUUUUCCCCUUGCACCGUCGCAACCAUCACAGCGAUCUUUCACGCGCGUCGCUACCACGCGCCUCCUCAGGAAUUUACGGUUACGACUUCGCUUCACUCCGCGACCGCACCAAGGACAUCCUCAGCGUCGUCCUCGCCUUGCUCUUUGGAUUCGGUUGCGGUUCCCUCGUCGCCGCCACUAUGUACCUUCUCUGGUUCGUCCUCUCCGGCCGCCGCUUCGACGAUCUCUCCGAUGACGAUAGCCAUGGCGCGGAGAUCGAGAGUUUCAAGAAAUUCGGGUACGUGAAGAUUCCGGCGGCGGAGAAGACCGCUGCUCCACCUGCGGCGGCGAAGGAUUCUUCUUCGGUAUGAGAUUUGAGAAAUAGGUUUCUUGUUAUAUAGUGUAAACCCUAACCUCAUGCGGGUUGUUAAUGAUCAUAGUGGAAUACCAUUAGAACCUUCUUAUUAGUGUUUUUCUUUUUGUGCAUUGCAUGUUUACUUUUGAAAGUUGAUGUAUUUGCUUGCAGAGUUUUAUUAGUUUUAUUAUUGUUGUUGAUAGUGUA